AUGAACGGAAACUACUCAAAUAGGAGCCGCUCAAAGAAGAACCGUUCGAACGGAAUCUCCUUGAACGGGAAUUUCUCACAUGGGAACCUCUCGAAUGGGAAUAGCUCACAUGAGAACCUCUCGAAUGGGUCGUCGCAUAGCCCAGCGCCUCAACAUGAAUGGAAGAAUUUAUUCAAGGUCCAAAAAAAGGGGCUCGAGAAAUGUCAAGCCGAAUUGCAAGAAUCACAGUUAGAAUGCUUGCAACUCCAAGAGCAAUGUGAAAAAUUGCAGGAAAGCUACAAGGAACUCCAAGAGGCAUGGUCAAAUUUGUGGAUAGAGCAGGAAAGAGAUUGGCAGCUCCGGACGGAAACUGCCAGAGCUUUUCGAGAAUUUCAAACGGCGUACGAAGCAGAAAGAAUACAACGACUUCCAACUAAACAAGCACGAAAAGUAUUUCACGACAUGUUAUAUCAGAGAGGUUUGCAGUUAGGAAGUGGAACGGCACAAAAUACGACGGUGGAUUCGAACCCUUUUAACUCCUAUUUUGGUCGCAGCGCCUUCGAAAAUUUAGUGCAGCGUGCGAUGCCAGACCAAUCUCUGCCUUUACGACCUACACUCAACCCAGCAGCACCUGUCUUUUCGGGGUCUCUUAAUAAUACUCAUUCUCACUAUGCUGACUCGACGUAUCAAUCUUCAUCAUCACAGGAGGGGGGAAAGGGAAAGGAACCUGAGAUGUUCAAUGAUUCAGGUGUCGAGAACGGCAGCGAGGUCACAUCGCCAUUAACACCAUUGAGUCCGAGUCAAACAACUUUCAUGGUUCCACGGAUGCGACCCAAAUUUCCUCGCCGCCAUAAUUCGGACUCUUACCUGACUGACAUGCGAGCCGGCAGAGCUUCUACUCCGGAAUAA